GUGGGCGGGGCCCGCCGGGAGCAGCUCGUGGGGCGCGCGGGGGCCGAGCGGCAGGGAGAAGACUGUCGGCCUCGUGCUCGCCCAGCCUGGCCGCGGGUGCCCGGCAUGCCCCGGCAUGGCCUCUGCAGCCCCCCAGCCGAGCAGCCCCGAGGACACCCAGGCCUUCCUGGACACCUUCCUCCAGGACUUCCCGGGCCCGCCUGACCCCGACAGCCCCCUGCCCUGGAGGGCCCCAGGCGCCACCCUGAGCCAGGAGGAGGUGGAGGGCGAGCUGGCCGAGUUGGCACUGAGCUUCCUCGGCAGUAGGAACGCGCCAGCACCACUCGCCGCGUCCCUGACGCACGCCGCCGUCUCCCGGCUGCUGCAGACGGACCUCGCUGAAUUCAGGAAGCCACCUGUUCCAGAAGAGGAAGAGGGUGAUGAGGAAGAGGAGGGGGCCCCCGUGACCUUGCUGGACGCCAGGGCCCUGGCGCGGAGCCUCUUCGCCCGGCUCUGGGAAGUGUGCGGCCAAUGGCAGGAGCAGGUGCCGGCAGCGGCCCGGGCCCCCCAGCGGCCGUGGCUCGUCUCCACGCACGCCAUCCGCAACACGCGCCGCAGGAUGGAGGACCGACACGUGGUCCUGCCCGCCUUCAACCAGCUCUUCGGCCUGACGGACGCCGUGGACCACGCCUACUUCGCCGUGUUUGAUGGCCACGGAGGGGUGGACGCCGCGCGGUACGCUGCUGCCCACGUGCACGUCCAGGCCGCCCGCCAGCCCGACCUGCCCUCCGACCCUGCGGGGGCCCUGCAGGAGGCCUUCCGGCGCACGGACGAGCUCUUCCUCCGCAAGGCCCGGCGCGAGCGGCUGCAGAGCGGCAGCACGGGCGUUUGUGUCCUCGUCGCGGGCAGGAGCCUGCACGUCGCCUGGCUCGGGGACUCCCAGGUCAUCCUGGUGGAGCAGGGGCAGGUGGUGAAGCUGAUGGAGCCCCACAAGCCUGAGCGACAGGAUGAGAAGGAGCGCAUCGAGGCGCUGGGCGGCUUCGUGUCACACAUGGACUGCUGGAGGGUCAACGGGACGCUGGCUGUCUCCAGAGCCAUCGGGGACGUCUUCCAGAAGCCGUACGUGUCCGGGGAGGCGGACGCGGUGUCCCGGGGGCUGACCGGCGCUGAGGAUUACCUGCUGCUCGCCUGCGACGGUUUCUUCGACUUCGUGCCCCACCAGGACGUCCCGGGCCUCGUGCGGGGUCACCUGGCGCAGCAGCAGGACGGUGGGCUCCGGGUCGCCGAGGAGCUGGUGGCCGCGGCCCGGGAGCGGGGCUCCCGCGACAACAUCACGGCCAUGGUGGUCUUUCUCCGGGACCCCCGCGAGCUGCUGGAGGGCCGGGGCCAGGAGACGGGGCCCUCGGCGUCCGGCCCCCCAGAGAGAAGCUAGGUGGUCCGCCACUGCCCCCCGCCCCUGCCCCUCCACCCCUGCCACCCUUUCCCUCAAUGCCGUCGAACGUGGCAGCGGCUGUGGGUAGCAAGCGCCCACCGUGUGCCACUUUCUCCCCAGAACCUGGAGCCUCUGCGGCGCUUGCGUCUAUUUAGCAGUCCCUGCAGUGGGGGGGUCUCGCCACCAGCGGGAGGCGGCCCCCAGAUCACAUCAGGCAGAGACCUCACCAAAGAGAAGGCGAGCUGGGCGGUGGGUCCACUGCGUGUCCCUAGCCCCACAAGGCAGCAGGGGCCCCGGGCUCACAGGUCCCAGAAGCCAGACCACAGAGUCUGGGGGUGCCGUGUGGAGCGGGGUCCCCCACCCCGAGAGCUUGGCAGAUAUACCUGCGAGCCCCCCAGGGCCGGCUCCGCAGGCUGGGCACCCAACCUGGGAGCCCCCUCAAUCCCCACGUGACCGGGCUAGGGUCCGUCAGGUCGGCUCUGUCUCUUCCCUGGGGGGCGAAGCUCAGAGCCACCCACACUUGGGGGUCUUCAGUUUGUGUGUUUUUUCCUCCAGGGAAAAGACUAAUUCAGAAGCAGUAUUCCAGAUUCUGUCCGUGCCAUAUAACUUAAGCAGAGCUUAGCAUUUUAUUUUAUUCUUAGAAAACCGAAGUAUUUUAUUAUCAUUACUACCUUUAGGGAGAACUUUUUUUGCAGUGUUAGUGAUUCUGUUGUUACUAUUUUUUUGCGUAAAUCAGGAUCGGAAAAAAAAACGUUCCUAAUGAGUGUUAAUAAGCCACUCAAGUGCCUUAGUUGGCUUUGGAUGAGGCUCCAGCGGCUGGCUCUGCGUUGGGUGUGUUUUGAGUUUCUCCGGAAGUGGGAUUUGUUUGGCCGCAGUUGCAUCCAUUUAGCCGGAAUCCUCCCUGCUUCUCCGCCACACGCCGCCACUGGCCAGCCCGAGGCCAUGGGCAGGAGCAGCUGCUGGGUGGCCGUGGCCCCUGCCUACUCCCUGCACCCUCGGCCCUGCCACCCGGGUCCCCGGGGAGGACGGCCGCACCAGGUUUCCCUCACUGCUGUUUGACUGGAGUGUUCCGGAAGGUUCCGCAUGAUGACCGUCAGAUUGGUCUCAUGGGGAAGCACAGGCCCAGCCCCGGCUUCGUCCGGGGGCAAGUUCUGCCCAUGCCAGCUCCCGACCCUUGUCCCCACCUGUCCCUGGGCCCACGGCCGCCCUGCAGACUGACCCCAGCCACGAACGGCCACCACAUCCUGGAUCCCCAGCCGUGCAGAGCUGACACUGCGGGGAGUAAAGCAGUCACAAACGGGAAGUGAAAAGCAGCCGGGCUGCGGGCUGGGGCCCAGCGAGGUCCAGCUCCUCGCCUCUGGCCUCCGUGCUCUGUGUUGGUGCCCUCGCAUCCGUGCACGGGCCGGGCCGGGGGCUCGGAGCCCACCCAGAGUGGAGGAGCUGUGCCGUGUGUGCCGAGUCCAUGGCUGGGGCACCAGGAGGGCAGGUUCAGGGGGCAGCGGUCCCAGGGGAAGUUCCACCCAGGGGCCCCCGGGAGGGGAGAGGAGCCAGGCGGGAGCAGCGGCAGCUCCAGGCGAGUGAGCAGGGAGCCCACUGUCCAGCCAGCACCCUCAGAGUCCCCUUCCAAGGUGCACAAAAUGCCUCACCAGGAGACCCAUCCGCAACAGACACUGCUAGUUUGGGGAACGUUUGGCCACUAGCGGUGACGGAGGAAUUGCUUGGUUGAACCUGCAGGCCCGGCUGCCUUCUAGGGCCAGAAACUGGCUCCUUGUCCCCUCUCGGGCACACGAGGAAGCCCCCCAUGCCCAGCCCAGGCCAUCACUAUCCCAAGAGGCUCCCCAGCCCCGUGUGUGAGCCGAGCAGGCUGCUGCUCCUCCCUGGGCCUCGAUUUCCCCUUUGGGGGGCGUAGGGCUCGUGCAGGGCCUGUGCCUGGCUGCUCCCGGGCCGAGGCUGUCAGCAGUACCCCCACCCCCAGCUCCCGCAGAAGGAUGAUUAAGUAUUAUUAGUGUCUAUUCUUGAAAUUCAGUGGGUUGGGAGAGACAUGCCCAGUAGAUGCCAGCACCUUCCGUGGGGGGCUCAGGCUGGGGGAGAUGCGCCUGCUCUCCCAGGCCCAGCUGAGCCCCCCGAAACAUCUGAGGCAAGUGCAGGGCCCCAGGCUCCAGGACCAGGAAAAGGAUCCGUUUCACAGUUGGGGGGCUGUGGCGCCGUGUGUGGGCCGCGGAGCCCGGGGCCUCUCGGGCCUGGGGGCAAGGGGUGACCGGCCACCUCACCAGUAUUUCCAGGGCUGGCAUGACAGCUCUGGCCUUACCAGGAGCCAAACAGCCCCAAGACAGGGGCCGUGCAAAAUAAGCUGUAUUUUUUUUUUUCUUUGAUUCUGCCUGUGGCCAAAAGUGGGGACCGUGGCGGGGACCCCGGAGGUGCCCAGUGCUCCUCCUGCUGCCGCCCGGCUCCAUGGCCUUGCCAAACUCACCCGGCUUUGCUGGUGCCAGGCCGGGCCAGCACCAGGGCCUAUUGGUGCCUGGCCCAGUGGGGCCCCUGGGGGCCGGGUGAGAAGAGGGGGUCCCAGUCCCACUUGCCCUGUUGUUGGAGACCAGGCAGGAGUUCCCUGCCCAGGGGGCCCUCCGUGCUGAAGUGUUAAUAAACCGCAAAUUCUGAAA